GGGGCGGGGGGAGGGGUAUUAACCCUUGCCGCGCCGGGCGCCCGCCAGCCUUCCGGUGCGUGCGCGGCGACUCGGCGAGCUCCGGGCGCAGGCGGUGGCGGCGGUGCGGGCUGAGCCGAGCCGAGCCGAGCCGAGCCAUGGUGAAGAUCAGCUUCCAGCAGCCGGCGGCCGCGCUCAAGCCGGACAAGGCGGCGGCGGGCGAUGGGGCCAACGCGGAGAUCCUGCUGCCCCGGCGCGGGAUUCAUAGAUGCUGGGGUUGGAAGGGACCUCAACAGAUCGAGUCCGACCCCCUGCCUAGGCAGGAAAGAGUGCUGGGGUCAGAUGAUUCCAGCCAGAUGCCUAUCCAGGAGGAGCAGCCUCCCCCAAUGCAAACCAGGAGGUCGUCUCUCAGUGGGGUGUGCUACUUGACUAUAGGCCUCAUUGUUUUGCUUCUGGGCCUUGUGUUUGCCUCCAUGUACGUGUACAGAUAUUUCUUCAUUACCCAGUUUCCCCAGCUUCCCCGGGAGAGCGUGUUCCACUGUGGUGUCCUCUACGAAGACUCCCUUUAUUCUCCAUUCAAGGGGCAAUUGGAGUUGCACGAGGAUGUGAAGAUUUACAUCGAAGAGAACUAUGAACAGAUCAAUGUCCCUGUGCCCCAGUUUGGAGGGAGUGACCCUGCAGACAUAAUCCAUGAUUUCCAGCGGGGACUGACAGCCUAUCAUGACAUAGCCCUGGAUAAAUGCUACGUGAUUGAGCUGAACACCACCAUUGUGAUGCCACCUCGCAACCUGUGGGAGUUGCUGGUCAAUGUGAAGAAAGGGACAUACCUGCCUCAAACCUACAUAAUCCAGGAGGAGAUGAUUGUCACGGAGCAUGUCAGUGACAUGGAACAGCUUGGCUCCUUUAUCUACCGCCUCUGCAGUGGCAAAGAGACUUACCGGCUGAAGCGCAGGACUGCUAGGAGACGUAUCAAUCGGCGUGAGGCUGGAAACUGUAAUCACAUUCGCCACUUUGAAAACACUUUUGUGGUUGAAACUGUUAUCUGCAAGAAGUUGUGAAUCCUGCUUUCCAAAUGUAACUUUCCUCUGCUUUGCUUGCACACACACAUGCAUACACACACACGCACAUACAUAGACCCCCCUCCUAAGAAGUACUAAUCUAUCUUACUUUUAUAUACACCCUUCCCCACUUGUGCAGUACUAAUUUCUCCAACCCCAUGUUUCCACACAUUGGAUUCUAUUGUCCCUGUACUGUGUGUAGUAUCUACUUGAGACUAUUUGCUGGGCUUAAAUUUAUACAGUGAUCAAAAUGAAAGAUCUCAUGAGUAGAUGCAGCCUUUUAUGAUCACUGCAGGACAGGAGUUUCUUCUCAGGGGGAAAAGCAAGAGAGCUAGAAGCAGAAGGUAAGGAAUAGCAGGCACUGAUAAGUUUUACUCUGAGUCAGUGGAUGAUGUCAUGCAGACAUAGUAUUUUGAGCUAACAUUGGCACAGAAAAGCCAGAAUGCCUCUAAGGAAAGUUAUAAUUUUGGUCCUGAUGCAGUAACUGCUAGAACAGCGUUAGAUGCAUCUGAGUAACUGUUAUGGGGUGUGGGGAGGUCAUCAACUCAGAAUGGUUGCAGAUAGGAAAUUUCUGCAAAAAUGUAAUAAUAGAACUAAAUAUAUGUUCUUGUUUGAGGUCAUCCAGUGAAGGCAUCUGAAGAACCCAUUUCAUAAAUGUCUGAUGUAAUCUUUAUACUCUGUUGGUGUGACUUCAUCUGAAAGUACUGCAUAGUGUAUAUAUUUUGAGUUAAGGACACCUGACCUGUGAACCAUGUUGCAGGUUAUGCCAUGUCAUGGAGCCCUCAGUUGAUACACCAUCUGAGUAGGCGGGGCUCCUUGGGAGACUGAGGGAAAAGGAGACUGAUUAAGUUGAAUGGAGAGUAAUGGAAUAGACUGACAAAGCUCCACAGCUCAUUAUGACCACAAAGCAGCAAAUGGUACCUGUGUGUGUAUGCUAUACCUCUGCCAAGCUAGGACAAAUAAUGAAGUAAACCUUGACUGGCUCUUGGUCACAUCAUUGUGAUCUGCUCAAGUGGGGGAGACUUUCCCUCAAUAUUUAGGCCAGCACCCUGAGCACCAGUCCUUGCAUACCAGGCAGGCAGGCAUCACUUUCCAUAUAUUACCUCUAAGUAAUUGAACGCAGGGGUGGUCAAAAUGUGGGCCGGAUGCAGCCCACCAGGCCAUUCUAUCCAGCCUGUGGGGCCCCUAAAAAAGUUAGAAAAUUAAUAUUCAUCUGUCCCCAGCUGCCUGUCAUGCAGCCCUCGAUAGCUUGCCAAAACUCAGUAAGUGGCCCUCUGCUCGAAAUAAUUGCCCGCCCCUGAAUUAAAGGGUGUAAGUUAUCAGAACAUUACUGAAGUUCAUUUAAGUGAUCAUUGCAAUUAACCAUGGCUGUUUACAGCACCGGAAGAUCUGUCCCAUACAAUUCUAGUUAAUGAAGUCAAUAUCAGAGGACAUCAACACUUAUUUUCUGUGUGGCUAUCUCCUCUGGUUAUGCAUCAUCACAUAUCUUGCUACCAACCUUUUUCACAUGCCCCCUCUAUGCAUGAUGGUCUGAACCAUGGGGAAUUUCCCUUCUUUAGUGUGUGUGGAUACAGACCAGUUAGUUGGCUGGGUGCUGGGCAUGGACCAUGGCCUUCUAGAAUUCAAAGUUCUAUGCUUCCAGUCCUGAAGCAGAUAACAGAUCAUGUUUCUGCUGGUGGCUGGUCUUUAGAGGUCUUAAUGCAAUGUUUUUGGCUCCUUUAAUGAGGGGAAGAGAGAAUCACAAUUCUUACAACUGGUCAUGACCUGGCAGGCUCCUUAAUAUGUCUUUUUACCUGUCUUAAUACAUGAGCAGUGAUCCCUACAGCAGAGCACAUAGUGUUAGCAGUGUCGCUGGAGCAACUGAGUAAUUUUUGAGAGGGCACUCAUGUAACAGUUCAUUUUUUAUAGGUCAGAAGCCCUGGUGUGGCCUAUUUCUGUGCUAAAUGGUGUCCUGUCACAUACUAUUUGGCACGUGAACUUGAUAUGAUCCAAAUUGACUUCUUAAGGGGUACGCAGUUUAUAAUUUUAAAAAAUGUUGAACUGCUGCUAUGAUCAAACCCACAUCAAUACAAGGCCAAGAUUUGGUAGAUCAAUAUAGUGAAGAAAAAUAGUGUGAAGUGGACUGCAUGUCUAUUGAUCAUCAGAGAAAGAAACAGUAGUAUAAUUAUGUAUUCUUCACUCCACUCUAUAAAUAUUGUUAAAAUUAAUUAGUUCCUUGAAAUGCAGUCAGAGUUUUUUUGGCCUGGGACAAUGGGGUGAAUUUCAAAUUGGCAGAUUCUUGUUGGUUUCCAGCAAAUCUGGACUUUUCCCCAUCUUUUGAAAUUAAUUUGAUGUUUUAGAAAAAGCAAAUGCAAGUACAAUCAUUAACUCAGCAGAACCCCCCCCAAAAAAGUUUUGUGACAGAACUCUUAAGAAAUAGUUCUUUGAACUAAUUAUAUGAAGCCAAAAGCAGAAUCUUUAGGCAAACGUAUAAUGUAACUCUCACUUAUUUGUCCGGAAUUAUGGAGAUUGCUUUUUAUAUAAACUUAGGAUCAGUCAUAAAACAGAAUCACUGAGUUUUAGCAGGCAAGGAUAGUUUUGUUUUACUCUGUUCAAACUCAUGUAAAAUGACAUCUUGCACAGCUCGCACAGCUAAGUAAGGUGUGUUCCCCACACUCCAGUAGUGAAUUUACUUUCUUCAUCAUAGAAUUUCAUUUUCUCUGCGAAGUAGAGCCACAGGGAUGUGGGGGAGGGGAAAACAGUUUGUUUGAUGGACAUGCAGCAAACUGGUAAAUUUAAGCCCUGCAUUUUAUUUUUGUUUUUAAGGAUCUCAAUCAGCCUGCACUCGGGUGGAAUUCAAACUUUUCCCCUUCCUUCUAAUUCUGCAUGAUUUAACUGGUCAUUAAAUAUGCUAACUAUGUGCAGUCCCUGAACUUGAAGGACAAAGCCUUGGUUCCUUAAUGUGAAGUAAAGUAAUCACAGUUUCAUAGGAUGAAAACAGAAGACUUAAAAUGCUUUGUAUAUUUUGUCUGUUAGAAUAUUACCUUUUAGGAAAUGUCAGUGAGAUAAUAAAAUCUUUUAUCUCUGAUUUCUUAGCUGUCUGUAUUUAAAAUUAAGAGUAUGGGAUUUUUGUGAAGCUGUUGUUUGAGGAGUGUCAGACCCUCAGCUGUGAAAACUGAAAACACUAAUCUAUAAUAAUUGCAUCCCCAAAAUUGAUUCCUCCUAUAACUGCCCAAUAUGUUGCAUAAAUGUUGUCAAGAAUUAAAAUUUUAUAAUUUACA